AUUUUUUUUUCCAAAUUUCUAUAUAUAAAGUCUUAAAAAUUUAAGCAACUUUAACUCCAAGAGCAAGUUCGUGCGACCCAGUCGUGCAUUUUAUUUUCAUUCGAAUAGUUUUUUUGUUCGAAAGUUUUUUCAUUCGAAUAUUUUUUUUAUCAUAUAGUUUUUUCUUUCGAAUGGUUUUUUUAUACGAUAGUUUUUUCAUUCAAAUAGUGUUUUUAUACGAUCGUUUUCUCAUUCGACUAGUUUUUUAAUGCGAUAGUUUUCUCAUUCCAAUAGUGUUUUAUACGAUAGUUUUCUCAUUCGAAUAGUUUUCUUAAACGAUAGUUUUCUCGUUCAAAUAGUUUUUUUGUUCAAUGGUUUUCUCAUUCAAAUAGUUUUUUUAUACGAUAGUUUUCUCAUUCGAUUAGUUUUUUUAAACGAUAGUUUUUUCAUUCAAAUAUGUAGUUCUUUUAUACGAUAGUUAUUUCAUUCGUUCAAAAUUGUUCUAAAUCCACUUUUUACCGAAAAUGAGAUAAUGAUGCAGUUUUACUAAUUUUAGGGUGCUCUUUUCAAAUUUGAAAAGCGUUUUUGUUUAAAAAAAUUCUUGAGCAGAUAAUAUAAUUUAAUUGGACAUAGAACAAUAAAAACAGUUAAGAAGCUUUCUGAAAGUGAGACCCGAGUAUUCAUAAUUGUUCUAAGUCCCAUCAUAUUUUGUUCUAUCAAAGUCCACUUUUUUUUAAAGGAAAGUGCCUACUUGUGCAAGAGAAAAGAACAAACUUUAUAAUAAACAUAACUUGAAUGGCGAACGAGCAGAAAAAUAUCGCUUUAAACCAAUUUGAAACUUAAAAAAUCAUCCUCUGUAAAAUUUGCUUUUUGUGACUUAGAACCAUUUUGCUUUAUGCCGACGAUAUAUCUGCCGAUGUGGACGUAGAUUACUUCCGUUAUUUAGAAAAUUUCCCACAUGGAGAAAACAGACCACAUAGAAUUAAGCGGAUCGCACCUUAAUUUAAGCGAAUUUCUGCAUGGUUUUUUGCUAAGAUAACUUUCACCUUAAAUUAAGGUGACAAGUCACAUUAAUAUCUUGAAUGCGCAGAUAAAAAAAAACUGUCAGUCACCGGGGAUCGAACCUACAACUGUUGGGUUACUAGGCCAAUGCGUUACCACUGUGCUAUCUUACUUUUGGAAAUGAGUAUGAUAAACUGCAAGUAAAGCUAAAGUGUGACUUUAAGUUUAAAAUUUUUAUUUUUGGUCGGUUUUUUUUAAGAUGAACAUUCACAUUAAAAUAAGAUGAAGUUCACAUUAAAUUUAACUGGGUUUAAGUGGAAUCACCUUAUUUAAAGGUGGUGAAAUUUAAUGUGCGCAUCAUAUUAUUUUAAGGUGAUACUUUUUUCUACGUGCACAAGUUAAAUUUAAUAAUUUUAAAAUUGAUACUUGUAAAGUAUCCCAUUUUCUCUCACUACUUCAUGAAGAUUAUUCUGUGGGACCAGAAGUUAUUCCUGCAGCAGUUUUGAAAAAUUGUAGGUCAAUUUUAUCUCUUCCACUUAAACUUAUUUUUGAAUUACUCUCAAGCUAGGUAAAUUUGCUAGCAUCUGGAAAAAAGAAUUUAUUACUCCUGUGUUUAAAAAAGAAAUCCAAUAUAGUUAAUUACAGACCCAUAACUUCCUUCAGAUUCAAACUUUGGCUCAAAGGGGGGUUAACAAUGACAUAAUCUUCAUUCACCAAUUAAUCACAGGCGUAAUUAUGCACCAAAUUUACUUAAUUUUGUUGGUUUUAAGUAUCGACUUGGUGCUUAGCCUCCAUCGCUUGGAUUUAAUGAAUAUUCCACCACACCGAACAAAUUAUGGCUUGCAUGAACUUUUAACACGCAUGUGCAAACUUUUAAAUCUAAAUUCCAGCACUUUUGAUUUAGUCUUUAAUUAAAAUAGAUUAAAAACUGUUUUAAAAACCAGUGUACCACGCUCAUAAAUGUUUUUGUUUAUUUUAAUGUGUUUUUUUUGUUACUUAAAACUAAUUAUUUUGUUUGUAUUUCCUUAAGGGGGGAAAUCCCUCUGGACGACGGGUUUUUCAAGAUUUUUUUUUUAAACUGAAAGCAUUAAUUAAAAUUUGGAAAAAUACAUUAUAUUAUUUACAUCACAAAGUGUUAACACAAUUUUUUUGAGGUAAUAAAAAAACAAAAUGGCGGCUCUACAUCCGUUUAAAGUUGAUGCCUCGCGUUUGCGCCGUGUAAUGACCAGGUCCAGUAAAUUAUUUAUAAUCAAAAGAGAAAUUUUAUUCCAUUAAAAAACAUAUGUUUAUACGCAUUGCAUGAACCUAAAUUUAGCAACAAAAAGGGUAAAAUAAAAAUUAGAGACCAAAAAAACGAAAAAGCACAAUGUUUUUUUUUAUAAAAAAAUUGUUACAAAAAAUAUUUAUUGUGGAAAUUAUAUUGAACUUUUAGGUUCAUGCAAUGACCAAUGAGUUAACGCGUAAUUUGCACUUUAUUUCGAUAGCUUCAUUAGUUUUUGAGUUACGUUGCCCGGCGCGGAAAAAAACGUGUUUCGAGAAAAAUUCGUUUAAAGUUUUCAUUUUUGUACUGUGGUAGGCUUGGAACGCAUGGGUUUCAUCGCUAUCUGGGGAAUUUUGAGGCUUCAACCAUGUCAAAAAGAAACGAGUUUACCCGAUUGAAAACAAAAGUGGCAAUGUUAAAGUUAGACAUAGCAUACUUGAAACGCUGCAAACGUUAUAACAUCAUACCAGCGUUUAUUAAAAUCAAGACAUCAGUCAUAAAUUCGGUAACUAAAAAUGUAAUUAAAUUAGCAAAAAAAAAAAUUGGUUAAAUUUAGAACUAAAAUCCAAAUAUGCUGAACUGUCUACAACAGAACUUCGAUUGUACUCUUUACACCUACAGUUAGCAUCUAUUUACCAUAGUAGGAAUAUCACUGCAACACACAAUUGCGAAUGGUAUGAGUUUUUGCGAAUAACAAGGAUAGAAAUUGAUAAUUUAGUUAUAAAAAAGAAAGAAAAACAAAUCAAUAAGUUUAACAUGCUCUUACAAAAAACACCAAAAAAGAAGACAAACUUCACCAAACCACUACCGGUGGAGGAUGUUGUGAUAAAUAUUUCUAACGUGGAUUUAUCAACUGAUGAAUUAAGUCUUUUAAAUAAAGGGUUAAAUUAUGGGAUACAUCCAACAAAAACACCCGUAACAGAUGUAAUUGUUGACAUUGAAACAGUGUUAAAAUAUAAAUUUCAAACAACAAAAAAAUGAGAUAAGAGAGCGAACAAAAGGGUGUAUUGAGAAAGACAAAAACAAUAAACCAAAAAGAAAACAUCAAAAUCUAAACGAAGCUCAAGUCAUUGAAAACCUAAAGAAAAAAGAUAUUCUUGUAAUGAAAGCAGAUAAGGGCAACAAAAUCGUCAUUAUGAAUACUGAUGAAUACGAGAGAAGGGUUUGGAAACUUAUUGAAGCGAAUAAUUACAAAGAAAUUAAUAAAUCUCCUUUAAGUAAAAUGACAACAGCAGCUAAUAAAGUGAGAAAAGAAAUAAGCACUGUUUUCGGUGAACGUUUCAAGUGGAAACUUCUCGUUUCAAAUCCGGAAGUACCCAAACUGUAUUGUCUACCUAAAAUACAUAAGCCAGGUGACAAUAUGAGACAAAUAGUAGCUCUUCUGUCAGCACCAUGCACCAAGAUCGCACGGUGGUUUGUUGAUGAAGUUAAAAAAUUUUCACCUCUUCAUAGUUGUUCAGUUAAAAACUCUAUAGAAUUUGCUAAGAUGAUUAACCAAAUGCCAGUUAAUGAAAAUGAAAUUUUAGUGUCAUUUUAUGUUGAAGCGCUUUUCCCAUCCAUCCCAAUCAAAGAAGCACUGUUAUUGUUGAAGGUAUAUUUGUCAAACCAGGACAUAACUGAAGACGAGGUAAACGUCUACAUGCGAGCAGCAGAAAUGUGUAUGGACACCAACUAUUUCGUUUUCAGGAAUCGUUUUUUUAAAAUAGAUUCUGGUACGAGUAUGGGAAACCCAUUAUCCCCACUAAUAGCUGAGGUAUUCAUGUCCAACUUCGAAGUUAAGCUAAAAACCCAGAACAUGCUACCAAGAGUUUGGCACCGCUACGUAGACGACAUAUUUGCAGUCAUAAAAAGAACUGACCUUAACACCACACUAAACAUGUUAAAUGAACAGUACCCCGAAAUUAAUUUCACUUGUGAGGUUGAAAAUGAACAAAAAUUGACUUUUUUGGAUCUCACUCUACAGAGAAUCCAAAACAAAAUUGAAAUUGCGGUACAUCAUAAAUCAACAAGUACUCUACGAUACAUUCCAAGCGAUUCAUAUGCACCAAUUCAACAUAAAUUGGCUGCGUUUCACUCACUCGCACACCGUUUAGUAAGUUUGCCUCUGUCUUUGACAAAUUACAUUCAGGAGUACGAAUACAUUAAAAAAGUAGCUAAAACAAACGGCUACAGUGAAGAAAUUAUUAACAACAUUAUUCGCAAACAUGCACACAAACAGACAAAUGAAAACCAAUCGACAUUAUUUAAACAAAACAAAAAGAUUGACAAAAAAGAUGAUCUUAAACGUGUUUCUAUCACUUUUGCACCAACAAUAACGAACAAACUAAAGACCACUUUUAAAAGAAACAACAUGGAAAUGGUUUUUUCUAACCCUUUUAAAUUAAAAAACCAUCUUAACACCUUAAAAGAUAAAACAGAUCCGUUGGAUAAAUCAGGUAUUUAUCAAAUUUCUUGUGGUGUUUGCAGUAGAAAAUAUUAUGGACAAACCAAAAGAUCAAUUAAGAGGCGAUACUGUGAACACAAACAAUACGUUAUCAACAACGAGCCAAGGAAAUCGGCUUUCGCAUCACACGUAUUGGAGCAACAACACCUACCAGUGUCUUCAAGUGAAGUGCACCUUGUUAAAUGCAUAAACGACGAGAGGAAGUUAGACGCAUAUGAAAGCAUGUAUAUAUGCAAAGAUAAUACAGCUUUGAACAUAGACAAAGGCAAUAUACAGUCAGAUUUGUUCUGUUUACUUUGACUCUCUCUUAAAAUAAUUUUUUGUUUCACGCCACUCGUACAAGAGAAGAUCUUCCUGCUUUCUCCACCAUAAAAUAUAAUAAAAUGACUAUGUAAUGAUUUGUUUAUGUUUAAAAUUAGACUUUGACCAUUUUAUGUAUAUUUAAUCGUGUUGCUGAAGAUGAGUGGAAGUCCGCUCGAAAUGCAUCCAAAAUAAAAAUUAUAUUGAAAACUCAAAUUUAAUGUGUGUUAUUAUUUAUUUAAAAUUUUAAAUUAAUGUUUAAAACACUUAAAUAGUUUCGUCGGUUGAUAAAUCAUUUUUUUAGGCAAAAAAUUAAUAAUACAAAAAUAAAAAAAUUACAGAGGGUUUUCCCCCCUUAAUGUACCUAUGUUUCAUUUAAUAUUGAAUUCAAUGUUUUUUUUUCUUAGUGUACGUUUUUUGUAGUUAUUAUUUAUUUCCUACUAACACUGCACUAGUAAUGAGCCGGAUAACACAGUUUUGUGUUGGCAAAUGGUCGCAGGGUGAUGCUUGCUAUAAGCUCUCUUCGGCUAUGAUUUGAUAGUGUAAAAAAAGGGUAAACAAAUGUUUGAGCAACAUGCUCUUUUUUUUUAAUUAAUUAUUUUUAUUUUUAUUUCAAUCAGUUUUAUGAAACGGGUUGAUACAUUUUUUUUUUAAUUUGGUUUUGUGUAUCAACGGUUUUUAUAAUUUUCGAAAAAUAAAUCCUAAAAAUUCUUUGCCAUACAAGACAUAAAAUUGCAUGCUUAGUUUGGAGAAUAAAACAGCUUAAAAAGAUGUUUUCGUUAUUAAAAAAAAAAACUUCUUCGAAUCCAAAAAAUGUCAAUAACUUUUUUCUCAGUGUAUUUUUUUUUCGUGUAAGCACAGUCUCAACAUGUGCGCAAAAUUUUAUUAAAUUUCGUCACAUAGUUCAGAUUUAACGGAUUUUUUUCCGCUCUCCCAUACAAAUGGCACUACUGUACGGUGCACAGUGUGGUAAAUCACGAAUCUAGCUGGAUAAAGUAACUUUUUUUCUAAACAGUUUUAACAAAAUUAAUGUGAAUAGAUAAAAUUCUAUAAAAAAGUAAGAUUUUUUAAAAAGAGAUCUAUAAUAAUCUCUGCAAAAAGUGUGUCAAAAUAAUGAAAAAAAAAAUCCAUUUUAUGGUAUUUGAAUUUUUGUUUCCAUAAACAUAUUUUAUGAUUGGAUGUUCUUAAUUUUUCUUUUUAAAACACUUGAAAAAAUCUCAGUAUAUAAAAAGUCAAUUGCUUUUCACGAAAUAAGAGAGGCAGAAUAAUUUGGUUUUAUUAAGAAAUAGAACUUGUACACACGUUUUUGACAGGUGAGAAACAUGAUUUAUUUCUAUGGGCCUUACCAAUAAUCAAAUUUAAAGCUCAGUUAAAUAUUUAACUGAGCGUUAAAUAUUUCUCCAUACCAAUAACCAAUUUAAUAGUCAGGUUAAGGGUUAACGCCACGUUAAUUUUAUAGUUGGGAAACUGAACUAUAAACGCGCGGUUAAAUGUAAACGCACGGUUUGUACUGUCAUUUGUCAGCAAAAAAAAAACAUUUGUCAAGUCAACAAGCUGUUGAGAAAAAUCAAUAACAUUGGCGGCAAUUUAUUAAAUAAGUAAAUGAAAAAAUUUAUUUGUUUAUAAAUAUUUAUCUUUUUUAUUAAUAAUAUUCAUUACUUUCAGAAAAGGCUGAAAAAGAAAACUAACCCCCUGAAUACAAUGGUGUAGCUGUGGCUGUAGCUUGUAGCGCAAGUUGAAUAAUUCUCAACUUUUUGAUCAGCUCUUGCCAACUUUUGUUGUUGUUUCCCUCAGUAAAAUUUUGGCUGUACUACAAGCUACAGCCACAACUACACCAUUGUAUUGAGUCAGUCUAUCGUCACGGUGGGCAGGAAGCAUCGAUAGGUAUCACAAAAAUGUCGACAAAAACUGCAAGUUGGGUUGUAUUUGUUGAUGAUUAUACGUCCAAAAUCCGUUGGAAUUGAAAUCCUAGCUGCUCCUUUUCAAAAGUUAUUCAUAUUUUUGUAUUUCUAAUCGGGACAAUUUGGAAUAAAAAUCUUGGGGAGAGUACGAUAACUUAGGCGACAAGAAUUGAUAAGGGUAUUUUGUAGAGGAGUUUAAUACAAUAAUUUUUUACAAUGGGAGGGGGGUCCAUCUCCCCCCGCUUAGGCGGAAGGGUUAAUUUUCUAAAAUAUCACGUUAAAUACAAAAAAAAAUUGUUAAAAAACAACGGCAACACUUACAGUUAUGAAUGAUACCUUUUUCAAAAGCCAGAAUUGUACACUUGAUUCUAAUUUUUAAAUCAAAUUAUUGCAAUUAAUUGUUCUCGAAAUAAUCAACUUCAAAGUAAAAAUUUGGGAAAAAAGUUGAAAAAAUCACUUUAAAUACUAUUUUUACCAAGAAUGUGAAUUUAUAUACGAAAUAAAUCAAUGAAAUAAACUGCCUCAAUUAAUUUUUAAUCAAAUUCUGAAAAUUAUAUACUUUUAUGCUUUCUAGUUUUUGAGAAAAUUGAAAAUUAAAAAACGUCCUUUUUAUCGGAUUUCUAUUUUUUAGCUAUUUUCGUGUUUACAUAAACAUAAUGCUUGCAAGCAGUAUGCCCCCUUGCAACCCCCUGGUUGAGCUCACUUUUAUAGAAUUUGGGGUGGGUGCGAGUUUGGGUGAAGGCAAAUUUUCUUCAGAAUUUAAAAGUUUUUUCGAAUUCAAAAGAAACUUUGUACAUACCCAACCUUGACUCCACCCCAAAUCAAUCCUAUAGUGUGCCCAAGCUGGGGGUUGCAGGGGGGCAGCAUGCCCCUCCCCUCUUAGCCAUCUCACUUUGAUACGCCUUAAACUUCAUAUCUUAACCAUUUUUAUUUACCAUUUUUAUAAAAAAAUCGCGAGAUUCUUAGGACCAAUUUCAAAUGGCCUAAGCGAAGCAACGAAGUUGUCUUAGCUGGACACAGGACCAAAAAAAAAAAUUUGAAUCCUGAGAACCCGCGAAGUGAGCCAGGCAUGAUACUUUUAAGUUAAAAAGCUGUUCAUAUUGGCGAAAAUAGUUAAGAAAAUGAAAAUCUCAUAAAAAGGUAAUUUUCUUAUUUUCAAUUUUCUCGGAAAUUAUAAGGCAUAGAAGCAUAUGGUUUUUAGUAUUUGAUAAGAAAUUGAUUGAGGCAGUUUAUUUCAUUGAUUUAUUUCAUAUUUAAAUUUACAAUCUUGGUAAAAAUUGUAUUUAAUGUGUUUUUUUUUUAACUUUUUUCCCAAAUUUUGACUUUGAAGUUGAUUAUUUCGAGAACAAUUAAUUGCAAUAAUUUGAUUUAAAAAUUAGAAUCAAGUGUACAAUUCUGGCUUUUAAAAAGGGAUCUUUCAUAACUGUAAGUGUUGCCGUUGUUUUUAAAUAUUUGUUUUUUGUAUUUAACGUGAUUGUUAGAAAAUUGCACCUCCCGCCUAAACGGGGGGAGAUGGACCCCCCCUCCCAUUGUAAAAAAUUAUUGUAUUAAACUCCUCUACAAAAUACCCUUAUCAAUUCUUGUCGCCUAAGGCAUCGUACUCUCCCCAAGAUUUUUAUUCCAAAUUGUCCCGAUUAGAAAUAUAAAAAUAUGAAUAACUUUUGAAAAGGAGCAGCUAGGAUUUCAAUUCCAACGGAUUUUGGACGUAUAAUCAUCAACAAAUACAACCCAACUUGCAGUUUUUGUCGACAUUUUUGUGAUACCUAUCGAUGCUUCCUGCCCACCGUGUCGUCGUACUUCACGAUAGAUGAACAUUUUUUUUAUGCACUUUUGGCCUCCUUGCUUGGGCUCCAUUUUUUAACUUUUACAACCAAAAUAAAAAUAUAUGAAGGUAUGUAGGUAUUUUGUAGUUAUAUAUUUGUUCAUUAUUACAUUACGUGCAAAAAAUGUCACUUCAAUUAUGUCAUUUUGACAACAAAUGUAAUAGAUUUGGUAAUAGAAGCACAAUUAGUUAAACGCGUGUUUAUUUUGAUUAUUAGUAUACACCCAAUUUAACGCGACGGUAAAAUUAAACCCGACGAUACUUAAACGUGUGUUUAGCGAUUCAUUAUUGGUAAGGCCCUAUAUGUCUUGUUUUAAAUUAAAAUGUUAGCCAUUAUUUUAAUUAUUUCUUUUUAACAAUCAUAAAACAUGGCCUUUUGCACUUGCUUGCAUUUUGCAUUGAACUUGUUAAAUUGAUGUUCCGAUAGAAAAGUAGCAUUCAUCAAUGAAAAUGCCUCAUUAGAUGAAAAUUAAAGUGUUCAGUGGUUCCAGAGGAUUAAAGAAAAUUCCGAUAAAUCCUUUACGUUUUUAUCGGAAUAUGCUUUUCCAAUUGAAUCAUUUAUUUUCAAAACAUGAUAAGUCCAUGAAAAUUUUCAGGAGAAGAAAAAAACGUUUAUAUUCUUUUGAUGUGUGUAGCUUAAUUUAUAAAAAUUAUAUUCUGUAAACCUUUUGCCUAGCUACACAAUACCGUUUCGUUUUGAAUUUUUGAAGCGAUAGUUCAAAAGAUAAAAAAUGAAAACGCUUUUGGACUUAUCAUACUUUUAAAAUAAACGAAUGUUAAAUUAGUUUUAAAAUGGAUAUACAAUUUUGCUUUUAGCCCCAGUCUAUCAAACAAUUGUAUUUGAGAUUAAAAUACAAUGUUCAGAGUACUUAUUUAACUUUAAAGACGUUUUAAACUUAAGAUUUUCGGCCAGUAGUCUAAUAUAGCAUUUACACAUAAAGGAGAUGAUGUUUAUUUUCAAAACAUGGUAAGUUCGGGACUUAUCCUGUUUUUGAUACUAAAAAAAUAUUUCGCGUAGCUGUAAGAUCGGAUAUAGAUGGAGAAUGGAGCAGAUACUUUAUAUUUUAAAGACAGACGUGGUUAUCCCUAGAGUACAAAUUUGGUCAAAAAAGCGACUUUUGAAAAUAUCAUGUUUCGAAAAUAAAUGAUUCAAUUUUGCGAAGAGCGAUUUCACUGAUUUUAACUAUCUCCUACCGGAUAGGUGCACUUAGGAGACUUUCAACCUUCCGUUUCUAUAUUUUCCCGCAAUUUUAAUUUUUAUUUGCUCUAUAGGGCAAGUAUUGGUUUCGUGUCGAAAAAAAAAUUUGAGGUUUCAAUCAAAGCCAACAUUACGAUGAUGGAGAGUUCCAAAAAAGUGGGUCUCGCAAUUCCGUCCGAGCGUCUGUGCGUCCAUCUGUACACAUUUCCACAGCCUAAACGGGUAGAUAGAUUUUCUACAAAUUUGGUACAGAUGAUUUUUUAUGGAAUUCUGAAAGUUGUUUUUUUAUCUCGCUUAUAAAGUGUGCCUCCCACAAAAAUAUUUCGAUUUAUCAAAAACGGCUUUAACGAUUUUGAUUAAACUUCGCAGACGCAAUAUUCAAAGCUAUUGCAAUAGAACAACAUUUUAUUUUUUCAAAAAAAGGCAAAUAAAAAAAUUUUGUUUUCAUACAAAAAAAAUUGCCCUAAAUGUCGGCUCUUCCCCAGUUUCAACAAAAAUUUUUUAAAUUUGUGUAUAUACAUACAUAUAAAGGCAGCUCUUAAAAUCUACAAGUAAACUAACAUAAAAGUGCUUUGAACUACAAGAGCAAGUACAGUUGUGUUCAAAAUAAUAGUAGUGCCAAAAUUAUGAUCCUAAGUGGGCUGUAGGUCUGUCUUCGUAUUUUAAUAUUUUGUCGACGUUUCGGGCGUGAUUACACCCUUCUUCAGGACUAAUAUUUUAAAAUAAUAAAUUUUAAGAUGUUU